AUGGCGCAUCUGGGAACCCCUGCGGUUGUCAUGGACAACGGUACCGGUUACACAAAACUCGGUUUUGCCGGUAACGAUGCCCCCUCUUUCGUCUUCCCUACAGUGAUUGCCACCGCCAAAGGAUCUUCCGGCGGCAACAUCAGUCGUAAGGGUACCGAAGACCUCGACUUUUACAUUGGCGACGAGGCCCUCGCCGCCGCCAACGGCCCUGCCUACUCGGUCAACUAUCCCAUUCGACACGGUCAGAUUGAAAACUGGGAUCACAUGGAGCGGUUCUGGGAGAACUCGAUUUUCAAAUACUUGCGAUGCGAGCCCGAAGAUCAUCAUUUCCUGCUAACUGAGCCUCCUCUCAAUCCCCCCGAGAACCGAGAAAACACCGCCGAGAUCAUGUUUGAGUCUUUCAACUGUGCCGGUCUCUACAUUGCCGUACAGGCUGUCCUGGCUCUGGCCGCAUCUUGGACUUCCAACAAGGUGACUGAUCGAUCUCUGACCGGAACCGUCAUCGACUCCGGAGACGGUGUCACCCACGUGAUCCCUGUCGCCGAGGGUUACGUUAUCGGCUCGGCCAUCAAGUCCAUCCCCAUUGCGGGCCGAGACAUCACCUACUUCAUUCAGAACAUGCUUCGAGACCGAAACGAGCCCGACACGUCGCUCAAGACCGCAGAGCAGAUCAAGGAGAACUACUGUUAUGUGUGUCCGGACAUUGUCAAGGAGUUCAACCGAUUCGACAACGACCCUGACCGAUUCCAAAAGUACAUGGCCGACCAGGGUCUGCAUCGACGAGCCACCGUGGAUGUUGGAUACGAGCGAUUUUUGGCCCCUGAGAUCUUCUUCAAUCCCGAAAUUGCCUCGUCCGACUUCCUGACCCCUCUGUCCGAGGUGGUCGACACCGUGGUCCAGUCCUCGCCCAUUGAUGUGCGACGAGGUCUCUACAAGAACAUUGUUCUGUCUGGAGGAUCAACCAUGUUCAAGGAUUUCGGCCGACGUCUGCAGCGAGACAUUCGAACUCUUGCUGACGAUCGACUUGCUGCUAACCAGCGGGCGACCGGAGUCAAGUCUUCGGGAGUCGAUGUGAAGGUCAUCUCACACUCCAAGCAGCGAAACGCUGUAUGGUAUGGAGGAUCUCUGCUGUCUUCUACUCCCGAGUUCAAGAACUACUGCUACACCAAGCAGGAUUACGACGAGAUGGGACCUGGUAUUGUGCGAAACUUUUCUCUGUUUUCCAUGGUCUAG